CUGGCUCUGGCUUUCGCUUUCGCUCCUGGAGCAAAGGGAGGAGGAGGAGGGAUGGCCGAGGGGGCUCCGGCGGGGGAGGGCUGGCUGGGGGUCUCGGGGGUCCCCCCGGAGCUGCCCUCGGAGCUGCUGGUGCUCUACUUCGAGAACCGGCGUCGCUCGGGCGGGGGCCCCGUCGAGAGCUGUCGGAGGAGCGGGAGCCGCGCCAGGCUGGCCUUUCGACGCCCGGAAGAUGCAGAGAGGGUCCUCUCCAGAGCUGAGCAUGUCCUGCAAGGCGCCCGCCUGGAGGUCCAUCCGGCAGCCCCUCGGGAUUAUGGGAAGGUGGUCCUGCAGGGCCUGAGCCCCCACAGCAGCCAGGACCUGGUGGAGCUCUACGUGGAGCACAUGCUGCACUGCGAUCGGGGUGACUACACUCUCUUCCGGAGCCCCGCCGGGGACCAGGCCCUGGUGCAGCUGCAGGGGCCACUCAGCCGCAAAG